UCAAGGGGGAAAAAUCAUAUUUUUUCUGCUUCCAUCUUCUUCAAUAAAAAAAAAAAAAAAACCCCAAGGUUUUUAAAAGAAAUGCUAGGAUCGAGCCUGCAACUCACUCGCGAAGACCGCUUCCACAACUCCGCAAGAGCUCGAAGAGGCUACGCAAACAACCAUCUCAGCUCUCGAGCUCAAAACCCAACUCUCGUCUCUCGAACCAAACCCUCGACCUCACCGAACCGAAGCUCAUCGUCUCCUUCCAACAAUUUGGACCGGUUCUUGGAUUCCACUACUCCAUCAGUACCUGCUCAUUACCUCUCAAAGACGAGGAUGAGGGGGUGGAGGGAGUGCGAUGUGGAGUACAGGCCGUACUUUGUUCUUGGGGAUUUGUGGGAGUCUUUUGUGGAGUGGAGUGCUUAUGGCGCUGGAGUUCCUCUGCUUCUUGAUGAUAGAGACUGUGUUGUUCAGUAUUAUGCGCCGUAUUUGUCUGGUAUGCAGCUGUAUGGUGAUUCCAGUGUACAAUUAUGCGGCGAUUUGAGACAACCUGGUGAGGAGAGUGACAGCGACUGUUGUAGAGAUUCUAGUAGUGAUGGAAGUAGUGAUUAUGAACAUGAAGGUGGUCUCAGAGCAAAGCAAUGGAGUCGAAACCAUCUCUCAGCUACCUCCAUGCCUUGGAUGAAUUGGCUAUCUUUAAGAGAGUGUCGCAUGGCCUUGCAUGAUGGAUUCUCAAGUGAUGAUGGUGAAGCUGGAAAUGCUCUAGGUUGCUUGCUCUUUGAGUAUCUUGAACAUGAUCCUCCAUACUGUAGAGAACCGUUAGCUGAUAAGAUUUCAGAUCUUACAUGUCGCUUCCCUGAACUAAAAAGCCUUCGGAGUUGUGAUUUACUACCAGCCAGUUGGAUUUCUAUAGCAUGGUACCCUAUAUACCGGAUUCCAACUGGACCAACAUUAAAGGACUUGGAUGCCUGCUUCCUCACUUUCCAUUCACUUUCUACACCAGUGAAAGUAGGUGCUGGUAGUGCUCCAGAUCCUGUUGUUACCUAUAGCCAUGGUGGUGUUGAUAGUAUCCCCAAGAUCUCUCUUCCGACAUUUGGGUUGGCUUCCUACAAGUUUAAAGCAUCAAUGUGGACUCCCAAGGGAGAAAGCAAGAGUCAGUGUACCAGCUUAUUGCUAGAAGCUGCUGAUAGUUGGCUGAGGCUUCUAGGUGUUCAUCACCCAGAUUACCAGUUUUUUGUUUCACAUAGUUCUUACCAGAGAUAGUUAUAAUCUCUUCAUUCUUUACUUCUUUCUUUGACCAAAAUGUCCAAUACUGAUUGUGAGAAUUAGAAUAAUUUCUUCGAUAUAUGUCUGCCACUCUCAUAAUCUGUAAGUGGGAUGUUGCAUUUUGUGUUUGUUUUCUGCUUCAUGAUAGAGGAGCCUAGAGAAAACAAACUAUAGGGAAUGAGAAAAAGGACGUGAGAUGCAGAACCUCAGGAAAGCAAUCCAGAAGCUGAGAGGUGGAAUAAUAAUGGCAAACAAAAAUAAGAAAUUACACAGCAAUGACAAUAAAGGAGUUCUGCAAAGUUUUGAACGAGGGGAUUGAACGACGAUCUGUUGAAGCAGAUAUUUAGUUUUGUUGAUGUGCAAAUAUCUCACGGGAUAUUUUAUUUUUUUAAUGUCCUUGCAAGUGAGAAAUACAUUUUAGUUUCAUGUAGUUUUGGCUUCAUGAAGUUCAGUAAUAAUACAUCAUUUGUUUCAGAAUAUGAAUAUAGAGCUGUAUAUUUGGUACUGGUGGUAUGUUUUGUAUAAUAAUUGUGGCCAGAAAUAUAUUGUUAUCUGAUUAUUACCCCGUUACCCGUU